GUUACGCGUACUCAGCCUUCAUCCCCAUUCUCUCUGGCGUCCUCGCUCUCGCGGCUCCGUCUCAGCCCUUGGUCGAAAACUUCUAUUAUUCUCUCUGGCUACUGGUUAUUCCAGAAAUCGAAACAAUGGAGCGUCUCGGUUGCAAUUACACAUCUUCUGCUGUGCUCGGCAAGGAAUGUUCGAUGAUAGAGCAGUCGGCGAACAAUUGGGCCACGCUGCCGAGAGACCUCUUGCUCUCCAUACUGGGAAGACUAGUGCCGGAAGUUUCCGAUUAUGUACACUUUGCUGCUGUAUGCAAGGACUGGUUCUCCGCCGCGCGCGAUCAUCAGGCCCUAACUCACAGAAGGCCGUUCUUCCCUGUCCUUCUUAUUCCGGCAAAGGACAACGGCCCGACAUGUCGAGGUUGGUACAAUGCGGUCGAGAACAGGAUUGUGAUGAACUCCCGAUUUCACGUUCCUUAUAAUAAGAGGUGUUGUAGUUCACAUGGAUGGUUGAUCUUCACCGAGGAGACCUUGGCUUUAACACUCUUUAAUCCUUUAUCUGGAGCAACCAUCCAUCUCCCUCCGGUGAGUAAGGUUCCGACUAAAGAAGAACUUGGGGAACACGGGUUUUACCACCACGAAUAUGAAGUCCAAAAAGUCGUGUUGUCUGCCGAUCCUUCUAUGGCUCCGGACAACUAUGAGGUUCUUGCCAUUUACGAUGACGGAUGGCUUGCCUUGUUUAAGUGCGGAUGGAGCACAUGGAUUCAUGUCGAAUGGGUCGGACAACUAAUCAGAGAAAUAACCUAUUUCAAUGGAAAGUUUUAUGCUGCUCACUUUUUCUCAUUGAUGUGCCUCGAUGUGUGCAGUAACAAACUCGAAUCUAACUCCGUCUCUGUUACUCUGAGAAGCCUCGCGGAACGGCCACUUGAUAGCGCUUGGCCUUCUAUGACAUACCUUGUUGGGACACCUUACGGACAUCUCCUCUGGAUUUACAGGUUUUAUACACGUAAGAGUAUUGGUACCCCUAAAGAUGUUCGGGAUGACAUGAAAGAGUGUCUUGAAGUCAACGAACAAAUAGAUGAGAACGGCUGCAUAAGGUACCACUUCACGUCACGCUUUGAAGUCUAUGAGGUGAAGAAAAAAGAAGGGUCGACGACGCAGUUAGUAGCAGAGCCAGAGCCAAUUAAAACGCUCGACGAUAUGGUUCUAUUCUUGGGUCACAAUGAGUCGGUGCUGGCUUCGACUCGUGAUUUCCCCGAGUACAAAGCAAACUGCAUCUACUACGUAGAUGAUUGUCUUAACUUGCCAAUUGGAGCUCCUUAUCAACCUUUUGGAGCGAUUGACAUGGGUGUCUUCGACCUCGCGAGUCAGUGCUGUAAGCCGUUUGAUUUCGUAGGCUCUGGAAAGGGACUCAUGCCACCGCCUAUAUGGGUCGUCCCAAAGGCGAACUUUGAAAUACCACUUUCUAAUUAAUACAUGCAAGCAUUCUUGUUCUAACUCCCCGUCCAAUAAACCACACAUAUGUAUAUAACUUAAUAAUUUUUUUUUUUACUUUGUCAUAAUCAAGUUCGUAGUUUUUCUUUAUCGCAGAAUUAUCUGCAUGCAUGUAUUUGCUUUCCCCUGCCUUCA